AAAGUUGUCAAACAUGUUUAUAUUUUCACUUUUGAAAACAGUUUUGUACGGCUUGCACGGCCUCUGAUCAUCAACAAACAAACAAACAUGAAAAUUGCAAUCGAAGGCUGUGCUCAUGGCGAGCUAGAGAAAAUCUACGACACAAUCGCAUUGAUCGAGAAGGAGCAAAACUACAAAGUUGAUCUGUUAUUGUGCUGCGGCGACUUCCAAGCCACGCGUAACGAGGACGAUCUCCAUUGCAUGGCGAUACCGAAGAAAUUCUACGACAUGUGCACCUUCUACAAAUACUACAGCGGCGAAAAGGUGGCGCCCAUCUUGACCAUUUUCAUCGGCGGAAAUCACGAAGCGUCCAACUAUCUGCAAGAGUUGCCGUACGGUGGUUGGGUGGCACCAAACAUUUACUAUUUGGGAUAUGCCGGUUGCGUUAAUGUCAAUGGGAUUCGAAUUGCUGGACUGUCGGGCAUUUACAAAGGAUUCGACUUCUUCAAAGGACAUUUCGAGUUUUCACCGUACUCGGAGGAUACCAAACGCAGUGUCUAUCACAUUCGCCAGUUGGAAGUGUAUCGCUUGAAGCAAUUGUCCGGCCAAAUUGACAUUUGUAUGUCGCACGAUUGGCCGCGUGGCGUUCAUAAAUACGGUAACGAACAGCAGCUGCUCAAAUUCAAACCAUUCUUCCGGGACGACAUUGAGAACAAUAAGCUGGGCAGUCCACCCAGUCACGACUUGCUGAUGCACAUCAAACCAAAAUAUUGGUUUUCCGCUCACUUGCACUGCCAAUUCUCGGCGGUCGUACAUCACGACGACAGUGACACGGACACGAAAUUCUUGGCGUUAGAUAAAUGUCUGCCGAAGCGACGUUUCCUCCAAAUUCUGGAUGUCGAUAGUGACGACGGCGACGUCAAACUUUCUUAUGACUUGGAAUGGUUGACGGUGUUGUAUGCCACAAAUGACCUGCUGAGCUACAAAAACUUGUCCAACUACAUGCCUGCCGAUAGUUCCACACCCACCGAUGCGCAGAAGGCAUUCAUUUUAGAGAAAUUCCAAAACAAUUUGGUUGUACCGACGGAUUUCUGUCGAACUGUUGAGCCAUACAAUCCGGAGAGCCGGAAAGACCAUCCAAGUCAACAGAAAGCGCAACGCAAUCCACAGACGACGACACUGUGCAACCUAUUGGGUAUAGACGAUCCAGUAAGUCUUGCGAUGCACAUCAAUGGCCACGAGUUGAAUGACUCCACCUACAACGAUUCGGCGAUGAACAACGAUUCGUUGAUGUCGUCGGACAGUUCCUUCAAUACGAGCAGUGAAGUGACACCGCUGAAACGGAAAUCGUUGCUCGACACAUUACCGCCACCAAAUUGCAGCACACCGUCGUACAAUCCGGAUCAGGUCGACAUUGAUGACGAUAUUGAUUCAUCACCGUUGGCCGAUCAACUCGUCGCUGUUGAGUCGCCCAUCCGCGAUACGAGUGGAACAGAUGGAAUGGAUUCAAUGCUGCAGAACAGUACGUUGUCAUCAUCGAUGGAAAAUAACGACGUGGAGUGUUGCGCGGACUCCAUUGUGCCGCUGAAGAAAAAGUUCAAGAGAAGAAAUGCAUCGAUUUACGAAGCCGAGUAACGAAAAUUAAAGGAAAAAAACUUUUUUUUAUUUUUGUUU